UUUAAAAUCUUCAGCUAAUAUAGAGCUUAUGUCCUCGCUACUAGAACCUUCACCAUUGGGUCCGUAAGACAUGGCCUCCACCACCUUUUGUAUUGACAUUCCUGUCUUUGGUGGUCAAGGCACUGCUGCCGCCAACUCUCCUCAGGCGCGCCAGCAGGCUCUCCUCGAUGCCUCUUCUCCUUCAGGCUCCGUUCUCCUUGCUGCAUGCCAUGCGGCCCUCCAUACCGAAUUGAAGACGCUUUCUUCGACAGAGCUCUCUCAAGUUAACAUCGAUCUGUCAGACUUCCAGACGAAAGAGUCCAUCCUUGCUCUACCCACCGAACGGUAUCUCCAUAAUGCAGUCAUUUCUGGCACAACACUCUUCCUCUUACAGACGCUGCGCUACCUAGCAUACAUUGACGCCUCAGUUGCUUCCAACGGGUCUCUCACCCCGUUCAGCGACGUUUUGAAAUCCAACUCUGUCCAUGGUGUCGGCAUCCUCGGAUUUUCAUCAGGGAUAUUGCCCGCCGCCGUCGUCGCUACCUCGUUUUCCAGUGUCUCUUUCCUCUCUACGGCCGUAGAAGCAUAUCGCCUGGCCAUAUGGAUUGGUGUACGUGCCCAAAUUUUCCGCCGCGCGACACUUUCGGGUCCGUUCCCUGAAGCCAUAUACUCUUCUCCUUGGAGCCUUGUGUUCCUUGGAUUGAGCAAACAAGAUGCAGAGGUGGCGAUCUCAGAUUUUGCAAAGACCGUCGCUGAACCAUCCCCUCUUUAUGUCACAGCAACAAUGGAUGCUAAUUCUGUCACUAUAUCAGGCCGUCCUGAUACACUGUCCGCAUUUUCGGAGUAUGUUACAGCACACUCGUCCGGAGCUAGUAUUGUUGUGCAUAAGACGACGCUCGACACCUUGUACCAUGCGCCACUUCAUGUGGCGGGAGCACGGGAUGAGAUCCUCGCUGACGUUGUUCGGAGGGGCAUUCAAUUCCCGCAAAUCACAGACAUCCAUGUUCCCUUCCGGUCCACAUUCACAGGGGAGGCAUUGAAGAAGGAUAUGACUGGGUCGCUUGUUGAGCUCGUUGUGGACAUGGUCAUUUCGCAACCUGUCAACUGGGACCUAGUGACAUCCGGUGCUCUCAGAGACCUUCCCGAGGAUGCAUCUCUGCGGCUGCUUAACGUCGGGCCUGGAACAGGUCUCUGUCGUGGUCUUGAAAGGGUGUUACGCAAAGAACGCGUAAAACUUCUCGAUCUUACGGCGUUGGACGCGAAGACCCCGCGUCAAUUGAAAGGCAAGCAGGAAGCUAUUGCUAUCGUUGGAAUGGCCGUCAAUAUGCCGGGAGCUCCCAACGUCUCUAAGCUCUGGGAAGUAUUGGAGCAAGGUAUCAACACGAUUAGCGAGGUCCCAGAGAACCGGUUCAAAGUAUCGGACUAUAACGAGGCGAAGAAUCCGAAGCGGCAGAUGAAGGCUCACACCGGUAACUUCAUCGAAGGUGCUGAUGAAUUCGAUAACCGGUUCUUCAAGAUCAGUCCCAGGGAGGCGAAGAGCAUGGAUCCUCAACAGCGGGUCCUGCUUCACACCACUUACGAGGCACUGGAAGAUGCCGGCUAUGUUCCCAAUGCGACUCCUUCAUUCAAGCCGGAUACUUUCGGAUGUUACAUUGGUGUAGCCAACUAUGAUUACUUGCAGAAUCUACGUGACGAUAUUGACGAGUACUAUAGCACUGGCACUUUGAAAGCGUUCUUGAGUGGACGUCUGUCUUAUUCGAUGCAGCUUAGCGGUCCGUCUAUCGUCGUAGAUACCGCAUGCUCAUCAUCCGGUGUCGCUGUAUAUCAAGGAGCGCGUGCGCUCAUGAACGGGGAUUGCAAUGCGGCGAUUGUUGGCGGCGUUAACGUGAUCGCUAGUCCAGACAUGUUCCUGGGACUCGAUCGAGGCCAUUUCCUGAGCCCUACUGGACAAUGCAAAGCAUUUGAUGCAUCCGCCGAUGGGUAUUCCCGAAGUGAAGGUUGCGGGAUAUUCGUCUUGAAGCGUCUGUCCGACGCUAUCGCCGAGAACGACAACAUUUGGGGUGUCAUCCGAGGCAUCGAAGUCAACCAAAGUGGCCUUGCUCAUUCGAUCACUCAUCCUCAUGCUCCCACCCAGAUCACACUCUUCAAACAGCUGCUGGAGAACACGGGCGUCGACGCAAACCGAAUCAAUGUUGUCGAAGCUCACGGAACGGGAACUCAAGCUGGAGAUCCAAAUGAGCUUGAGAGUAUCCGUGGUGUAUUUGCACAGAAGCGCGGCGCGAAGAAUCUACUGCAUAUCACGUCCGUGAAGGCAAACAUUGGACAUCUGGAGGCGGCAUCUGGUGCUGCAGGACUUGCGAAGAUACUUCUCAUGAUGGCGCACCGUACCAUCCCCCGUCUUAUCUCCCUUCAUGAUCUAAAUCCGCGCAUUGCCCCAUUAGAAUCAGAUAACACCAUCAUCGACAGGGUCCAUACUGCUUGGGAGCCUUCUCCCGGCGGUCAGACGAGAUUGGCGCUGUUGAAUAACUUCGGUGCUGCGGGGUCGAACACUGCCACGUUGGUGGAGGAGUUUGCUCGUCCUUCGCCUGUUCAACUUGAACCUAUUCCUCUCGUCUUCGGUCUGUCUGCAAAAACUGACACCGCUCUGGAGAAACUCCGAGCAAAGUAUAUCAGCUGGCUCCAGAGUUCGGAGAGCGCCGACUUCAGACUAGCGGAUAUUGCUUACACGUCCACGAGUCGUCGCCAGCUUUAUGAGCAUCGCACUGCUGUGGCUGCCUCUACGAGGGACGAGCUUAUUGAGAAACUGCAGAAAGCUAAAUCUGUUCAGUCUUCCUCUCAAGAUGGAAAGGUCGUUUUCGUGUUCUCUGGACAAGGCGCUCAGUACGUUGAGAUGGGGCGUGUCCUUUACGAUUCAUCGCCGAUCUUCAAAUCUCACAUUGACGAAUGCCAUUCAUUCCUUACUGCAUCCGGAUUUUGCGGUGUAUUGCCUAUCAUUGCUCCUGGACCCGACGGCACGGGUUUAACGGAGACGGAAGAAUUUGAGGCCUAUCAAACGGCUAUCUUCGCAUUGGAGUAUGCGCUUGCUAAACUGUGGAUGUCAUGGGGCGUGAAACCGACGGCUGUGGUUGGUCACAGUCUCGGGGAAUAUGCAGCGCUCGUCAUUGCCAAUGUCAUAUCGUUGCGGGGUGCUCUUACCAUCAUUGCCCACCGUGUGCGUCUUAUGGUCACGAAAUGUGCGGUCUCGUCAACCAGCAUGAUUGCCGUCAAUCUAGCGCAAUCAUUACUUCAGGAGAUCUUGAAGGCGACCGCUUUCGAUAAACUGAGCAUUGCGUGCUUCAACAGUCCCGUUGAUUGUGUCGUGUCUGGACCAUUGGAGCAGCUUCGUGCAUUGAAGGAGCACUUGGAUGCCGAAGUCCACUGCAAGAACGUUCUUCUUACUGUUCCAUUUGGAUACCAUAGCAUGGCGAUGGCGCCCAUUCUUGACGAUCUCGACGCAGUUGCCCUGAACUAUUUCUCCAGACAUUGUGCCGAGCCGGUCCAAUUCGAUCGUGGAAUUCACGCGUUAAUGGCGCUACCCGAGUGCUCUAAAAUUGACGCGUGGUUGGAAAUUGGUCCCCAUACUACAUGCCUCCCGAUGAUCAAGGCGAUCACAGCACCUCUUGGCGCACCUCUACUUCUUGGUUCGAUCCGAAAGCAGCAGGACCCGUGGUCAACGCUCACGGCGACUCUGGCUCAGCUCUACCAAGCGAAUGUGCCCGUUGCAUGGAGAGAGACGUUCUCUCAUGUACCUGAUGUGUCGUGCAUUAGUCUCCCGUCGUAUCCUUUUGCGUUGUCGAGAUUCUGGGUCACUUUCAAAGAGGAGGCGGCUGUUGAAAAGGUUUCUCGAGUGGAAGUUCAUGCAAAGCGGACUAUGUCCAAUUCUGCCCUUCUGCAUGAAUGGGUCCAGGAGCCGUCUCCGACGAACGGGUUUACGUCCAUCUUUGAGACGCUUAUCAGUCAAUUGGCGAGCUCAAUUACGGGACAUCGGGUUGCAGGGAUAGCUUUGUGUCCUGCUUCCGUGUAUCUGGAACAGUUGUUUGCUGGCAUCGACUUGACUCGUAUUCAUCUGGGUUCUGAGUCUAUUGACAAGCAGGCGAUCCUCCGGGCUAUCAAGUUCAUGCACGGUUUGGUAUAUGACGAGUCCAUCGCACGCGUUGUCGUGACGGUGAUCACUUUGACCGGGGACGCAGGCACUUUCAGCGUCAGCUCGCGAGUAGAAGGUUCGAAUGAGCAGACCUCGCAUGCUCAUGGCGAAUUCCGUCUCCAGUCUGCAGCUGCCACCCUCACCAAAUUCACUCGUGCCCUUCCUACCAUCAACCGCCACAUCGCUGCGGUCACGAAGCCCGGCUCACAGCAGGAAACGUUCUCGACGAGGACAGUGUACGAGGGAUUGUUCCAGCGCGUGGUCGACUAUUCCAAGGAGUAUCAUACCAUGCAGUCCCUCACGAUCGAUGCUAGUCAUAUGGAAGGAUGCGCGCAAGUUCGUCUUCCCCGCGAUCACGAUAAAGGACCAUACGUCGUGCACCCGGUGUUCAUGGAUACUUUACUUCAUGUGGCAGGUUUCGUGGCGAAUAUGCAGGGUGAACGGAAUGACGCGUUUAUCUGCACCGAAGUUGGCUCUGUCAAGGUCAUUCCUGAAUUCAUCGAUACGAACGCGGAAUAUGUCGUGUACUGCAGCAACGUGUGGGUGGAGAACGAGGGUGCGAUUCUUGCAGAGGCGUGGGCGUGCCAAAAGGGAGAACCUUCUCGGGUUGUGGCCUGUAUGAAAGGUAUGCAAUUCCGGCGGCUUAAACUCAACGCGUUUUCGCGCCUCCUUGCGAGAGCUGCAGGAAAGCCUCUUCAAUCGUCCGUGCUCAAACCCUCUCCUAAGCCUGCCGCUCCUGCUGCUGCUCGUCGUCCUACUGUACACCAUCACCGUUCUUCCGAGCCGGAGGGGCCUAAUGUUGAGUCCACUGUCCUCACAAUCGUGGCCGAGACUUGCGACGUCAGCCCUUCCUCCGUUUCCACUACCACAGAUCUCGAAGCCAUUGGUGUCGACUCCCUCAUGUCCAUCGAAAUCUUUGCACGGCUCCAACAAUCCUUCUCAGAGUACAAUCUCUCCGCUCACUCUCUGACGUCUUGCCGAACGACUGGGGAUAUCAUUCGUGAAGUCGCGGCUAACCGACCGGCACAUGCUACGAGUAUCCCGUCGUCUCCGACUAUUCGUGUCGUGACCAGUGCUCCGUCAUUACCAGCGACGCUCCUUUCGGACGAUCAGCUUCCAGAGCCCACCCAGUUAUCCGUCGACGACGAGACCGACAUUAAGGGUGUUCUUGCCACGGUUUUGGACAUCAGUGUCGAUGACAUCAAGGAUGACAUUGACUUUGAGCAACUCGGUUUGGAUUCGCUGACCUCGAUCGAGGCACUUCAUUUGCUGAAGAGCGAGCUGGGGCUAGAUCUUCCAAGCGACUUCUUCACGACCUGCAAUACGGCGGCGAAGAAGUUGGUGGCGAUCUCUGUUGCGUCUCACCUUGUCAAGAGUCUACAACUCGAAUCUCUCCCAUCCUCCAUCCAAACCCAUUCCGGCAACGGCGCUCUUCCUCUUUUCUUGAUCCACGACGGUAGCGGUUUACCGUUAGCUCGGUCCAUCUAUGGGAUUCACAAUCCGCACUUCAUUUCAUCGCAGCCUUGGGAGAAUGUGGUCGAAAUGUCCCAGGCGUACGCCAAGGUCAUCUCUCAAGUUUCCAAGGGACCACUCUUGCUCGGAGGAUGGUCGUUCGGUGGUGUGGCUGCCUAUGAGACCGCUCUUCAACUCCAGAAACAAGGCAUCAUUGUGAAGGGCAUCCUUCUCAUCGACUCUCCCAACCCCAUCAACCACGUCCCUCUUUCGAAAGACCUGAUCGCUGCUGCAGUGCAGUUUGAUUCUCGGAGCAGUGCCUCCGAAGUCAGCCAGCUAAUCAAGAAGCAGUUCGCCAUGAACGCUGCGAUGCUUAAGGAUUACGACCCUUGUGCGACACAGGGCGUAUGUCCUCCUAUUGUUCUGCUCCGAUCCAGUGAAGGCUCCAAUCCCGAGGGAGUUGCUGAUGUUCCGAGAUGGCUUGUUGAUCAGAGCGACGCGAAGAAUGCUACCGUCGGUUGGGAUACGCUGACUCCUUCCCCCGUGGAGGUGUUCAAACCUUUAAGCUAUAAUCUGCUGGGUAUCAAAUCGACUUCGAGGAUGUCUAAGUAUAUCUUAAAUAUAUGCGAAUAG